GUUGAGAAGUAAAGACUCUGGACUAAAUCGCGCUGUAAUGCUGUGCGUGUGAGACUGUGGGGAAGAAGUCCCAAUAACCACGGAAAUACUCCCUUCUAGAGCUCCAGUCUGCGAGGCAGGAGCGCUGCAAUCCGCACCGGACUAACUGCUUCCGAUUCUGUCGAGGUCGCGGAGCCGAGUGGGUAACGAGCAGCCCCUCCCGUGGCCACUUCCGGCGUCAGAGGCUGACGCGAAACAGAAGAACAGGUCGUACGGCCAACGGGGUCGAGGUGGCGGUGACGUGCAGCCAAUGGGCGGGGGCGGGGCGGGGCGGCUGUGAUUGUCGCGAGGAGCCGCCCUCCGGGAAGGGCCCGAAAAAGAAUCGGCGGCACAAAAUGGCGGCGUCGGCAGCCGGGGCUUCGGUGUUGGCGGGUCCUGCGUUGGCGGCCGGCUCUUCCGGCUCGGGGGGAGCCGUCCCAGGGUCUCAGGGGGUACUGAUCGGUGACAGGCUAUACUCAGGCGUGCUCAUCACUUUGGAGAACUGCCUGCUGCCCGACGACAAGCUUCGCUUCACGCCAUCCAUGUCGAGCGGUCUCGAUAUCGACACAGAGACCGGCCUCCGCGUGGUGGGCUGCGAGCUCAUCCAGGCAGCCGGCAUCCUGCUUCGCCUGCCGCAGGUGGCCAUGGCUACAGGGCAGGUGUUGUUCCAGCGAUUCUUUUAUACUAAGUCCUUCGUGAAACAUUCCAUGGAGCAUGUGUCCAUGGCUUGUGUUCACCUGGCUUCCAAAAUAGAAGAGGCUCCAAGACGAAUCAGGGAUGUCAUCAAUGUAUUCCAUCGCCUUCGGCAUCUAAGAGAGAAAAAGAAACCUGUGCCUCUAGUGCUGGAUCAAGAGUAUGUUAAUUUAAAGAACCAGAUUAUAAAGGCAGAAAGACGGGUUCUCAAGGAGCUGGGCUUUUGUGUCCAUGUGAAGCACCCUCAUAAGAUAAUCGUUAUGUACCUUCAGGUGUUAGAGUGUGAGCGUAAUCAACACCUGGUCCAGACUGCAUGGGUAGCCUCUGAGGGUAAGUGACUAAGACUUCUCCUCUGCUGUCCAAGCGCUUUGGUGCAGGGACAGCGGCCGUCUUCAGCCAAUCCAGUGCAGGCUCUCCACCGAAGGCUGGCUCUAGACUGGUGGUAUGCGUACCUGAUAGUAUAGUCAUGGCCGACUGCUGCUUGUGGUUCUCUGACGAUUGUGCUUCUUGUUAAUCCUGUCGUGCUUGGUAAUUGUAUCAAUCAAUUAGAGUUGAUAACUGUCUUAACUUGAAUUUUGUCCUUUUAAAACUGCUGUACCUGUGCAAUAAAGAUGCAAUACCUUUCCUGUUUUAAAAAAAAAAAAAUGUAUAGAAAGCUGUAAGAAUUGAAGUGACAAAUUGGCAUGGUGGAAAUUCAGGCUGUUACUAGAUCUUGUCAUUAUUUCUCCCAAGUCCUACAGUUGCUCUUUUCAGCAGCUUAAAUGGCACUCAUUCCAGUAAAGGUGUGCAUCUUUAAGUUAAACUAUUGUAAUUUAUUUCAAAUGUAGCAUAAAGUUUAAAUACACCUUUAAAGGAUUUCACCUGUUUUUAGAACUUAAAAUUAAUGAGUUAGUACUUUGAAUACUAAAAAUUCCGUAUUAGUAAUGAAGUUAUUGAUGGUUAUAUUUGUGAAUGUUUACACUGUUUAGCCACAGAAUGGCUCCUGAGAGAUGGAUAGUGCAGCUAUCAUUCUGGCUUCCCUUCUGAUGUGUAGAGUUAAUGUUUCCAGGGCCAGCUGCCUCUUAUAGACAUCUGUAGAAUUUACUGUUUAGAAUGUCAAAUUGGGUUUGAAUGUUACUUUCUCUAAGGUUUUAGGGCAAAGAUACUGGGUGGGGGUAGUUAAAUCUUAUGAGGUACAGCCUGACAUUAGGGUGUGUGUGUUAUACCAUUAUUGGAUAUGUUGGGCAGUGUAUAAUAUAACCUCUUCACAUGUUUUCUCAUGAAUUGUUUUUGUAAUGUUGAUAAAGCUAGUUUAUCAUUUGGUUUUAGACUAUAAAUUUAAAAGAAAUAUAUAAAGAAAAUGUUAAAGAUGUAGGCAAUUUUAAAGACCUUUAACUUUUCUAAAAAUGUGAAGUUUUGUACUUAUAUAUAUAUCUUCUAAAGUAUUAUAGUAUUUUUAAGUGUGCUUAGCUUGUUGCCACUUUUAGUGUUUUGUUGCUUUUGUCUGAUUUUUAUGAAUGUUCAUUUUAAGACUCCUUGUUGAAAUGGGACAGUUUGGAAACGUUCUUUGAUAAGCCCGAGAAGAGGAUUCCCUUGGGUGUUGACCUCCUCUGCAUGAUGUGCCCAUGCAUCUGAACUGCACCCAAGGGCCUUUCCCUUUUCCAAGUGGACUCCCUCACUGGAGCUGCGGCUCAGUCAUCUGGAGAAGGACCGGGCCACAAGUGCUGCCUGAAGAAAAGGAACACAGGACAGCUUGUCUCACAGUUUCAAAGCUUCAUGCUCAGCCUGCUCAUUUGAGUUUGCAUGUUUCUCUGCACUAUGGAUUUUGAACAUUUAGAUUUCUUUAAUCAACUUCAUUUUAACUACUAAGUAGCAUUUUCUUUCUAAGCAUUGUGCUUUGCAUGAUAGCAGGCCAAAUAUAGAAGGAAAAGUAAAGUUAAAGUCGGUUCUCGUUCAUAGCAACAUGUAUUGUUUGACAUUCAGCCAGCUUUUUUUCCCCAGUGAUUUCUUUCAUGUAUUCAGAAUAUCCCCUGGUAUCUCUGGAGAUUCCCAGAGUUCCAAGCCCAAUCCUAGUGUAGAACCCUUAGGAAUAACAACCUUUGAUGACAAGUAGUGGUGUGGUUGCCCAUAUCAUUACAGUCUUCCUGGUCUUGU